AUGUGUAUUCCAGUCAUUCUUGCUGCAUGUCCUAACCUUCAACAUCUUCAAGUACACGUGUUGUAUAAUGAUAAUAAUGAUCUUAUCAUUGCAACUUCACCAAUGAAACAUCCGCUUCGACGACUGACUCUUUGGAGUGAUGAUGCUGAGUUAACUUUCAAUGUUAUUGACAAUAUUCUUACAUAUACAUCAAACAUUGAAUAUUUCUAUUUACAAACAAUAUAUUCUAUGUCAUUAAUUGAUCUAGCUCGUGGUCUACAGAAACGACUUCAUUACUUAUCACGAUUUGAUUGUUAUAUUACAGAAAUGUUAACAAAAAACGAUAGAAUUAAUAAUUUAACUGCUUUACAUGAAAUUCAUCCUUGUUUUAAUCGAAUUCAAUCCAUAAAAGAAAAUGAUAAAUUUCGAGUUUUAGCUACGAAAUAA